AUGCAGUGUAACACAAGUAUAGAAGAUGGUUUAGAUGGGGGCGACAUAACUUUCCCAUCCUACAGCCCUGAAGCGGAGGCUCAAAACAGAUUCUUACCAAGAAGUGAGUUCCCCUCUGUGAGGCAACUCGUGAUUUCGAAACAAAAAAGCAGAAGAAGAAGAGAAGAAAAUGUAUUUGUGGGAAAAAUGGAGGACGUACUUGUAAAAUGGAGGCCACCUGCAUCUUCACAUCGUGGCGCAAUUGAAGCUAUUAAUGGCACGCAUCCAUAUCAGCUUAGCACAGCACAAUUCAACUCGAGAAGAUCGGAUCCAUUUGGUUCAACAAAGAGAGAUGAAUCCGUGCGUUCCAUUGUAGAAUCGUUUACCGAUUGGUGGAAACGCAAUUCCAAAAUGUUUUUUCGUGACGAGGAAGAAGGUGUACGAACCGAACACAGUGCGAGUCAAGAUGACCAAGAGUUGCAGCUUUUCGAAGAAGAUCUCUUCUCAUUUCACCUAAGCCCAAAUGAUAUGUCAACCAGGAACAGCGAACAUCAAGUGCAAACACCGGUGCUUUUCCCGUACGAAGCUCCUACUCGAACAAAACAAAACCCAGCAGAAAGAAAAGUCAUUGAAAUUGGGGACGGCGAAGAACUCUCUAUCUAUCGAGAUGUUUAUUCCAAUCCUAUUCCUGUCAGCUACCUAGAUACCUUAAACUUGAACCACUCCAUGUCUGUACGGCAAACACAACAGCAACAACAACAGCGGCAACAGCAGCAGUAUGUAGACUCUUCAUCGGCAUUUCAAUGCUGUACAGACUCCAAUUGGGCGAGAAUAUUUUUUUGCCACCACGAUUAG